AUGUUCCAGAACAUCCCUGGAGAUGCUUUAACAUCACUGGAGGUCUCCCACGCUGAGACAGGAACUCUAUUUGCUAAACACCAGGAAAUACGGGGAGAUUCAGAAGAACUCGGCAAUCUAGAGGGGUCAGAAUAUUCAUUCCAAACAACUAUGGAAGAGCUUGAGGAAAAUCAGAAAGAUAUUCAACUUACUUUACAGGAAAUGCAGAACAACAACAAGCAGCAGAAGCAUGAAAAGAUGGGAGCCAUCAGAGACAUGACAGCAUCAUCUUUCAUCUCAAACAGUAAAACAGAGAGCAUGGAUGCUAAAUCUCGUAUGGCAUAUUUGGACAUGAAAGAAGGAACCAGUGCUUUUCAGUCAGAAGCAUCCACCAGUGCAGAGGGGCUAGAAGAGCACUUUGGCAAGUGGGUCAGAGUAACUGAUAUUGAGCUUGAGAGGAUGAGGUGGGAUUUUGUGCUGGCUAAACUGAAAUAUGAACAUAAGGAUAAUGAAAAGCAAAGGCGUCAUGAAGAGAGAAUGGAGCUGAUUCAUCAACAGGCAGUAAAAAGAUCGUUUAGCCAAGGACUCCAAGACCUAGUCCGGCCACCAAACCAGUAUGCUUUGUUCCUAUACUGCUUCAUCUUUAUUCAUGUUAUUUAUACAGUGAAGGAGCUGACCUUCUACUUUUUACAAACCCAUUACCUGUUCUGUUUUGCUAUUGUGAUCCUUUUCAUCCUCAAAAAGAUUUUCCAGGAUUACAAAAAUAAGAAAACAUGUUCUUAA